AUGUCUGGAGCAAGAACUCGAGCUCAAAAUGCCGCUAACGAUCCUCAUAAUCAAUCUCGUACCAUCCAAGACCUCACCGCCCUCGUCCGUGAACAAAAUGAACAAAUCAACCGCCUUGUUAACCUUCAAAACCGAAACCCUCCUCCACCUCCUCCUCCUCCUCCCCAACCUAGAAAUACAGCCCCACAAGCCACCUACGAGCGUUUCUUGAAAAUGCAUCCUACCGAAUUCCACGGCGGCCCAAGUCCAACUGUUGCCGAAGAAUGGAUCAAAUCCCUCGAAGUUAUUUUCGAGUACAUGGUGAUGAACGACAGCGACCGGAUCCAUUGCGCACUAUUCUUGUUGAAAAACGAAGCCCGAAAUUGGUGGGAAGGCGCAAAGAGUGGAAUCGAUCUAGCAAAUACCACUUGGGAAGCUUUCAAAGUUCUUUUCUUCGAAAAGUACUUUUCCAAGAAUGUUCGAGCACAAAAGCUUAAGGAGUUUCUCGAACUCAAACAAGGAAACCUAACCGUUGCCGAAUUCACACGCCGUUUCGAGCAAGGAAGCCUCUACGCACCUUUCAUAUCCAAGGACGACACCGAAAAGAUGAAUCACUACCUAAGAGGCCUCAACCCGAUAAUCAAGCGCGACGUUCGACUAACCUCUGCCUCUACUUUCCGGGGAGUAGUGGACAAAGCCUUGGAAGCCGAACAAGACGAGAUGGAAAUCCGACAAUGGAGACCUCCUCAUGAUGCCUCUUCUCGACCAUGGAAGAAACCUAACCUCAACAACGCCAAAGGAAAGCAACCGAUCAACCGAGCAACCGUGACCCCGAGCAACAAACCCUUUUGCCCUAAAAGCAAUCGAGAGCACUCUGGCGAUUGUGUUGCCGGAACCAACCACUGUUUUCGAUGCAAGAAGCCCGGACACAUGGUCCGAGACUGCCCUAUCGCCCCGAGACAAGUGCCGGGACGAGUAUUCGCCAUGACUAGAGACCAAAUCGAAGCUGACCCGUCAAUGAUCGCAUGUACCGUUAAUGUGUAUAAUAAUUCUGUGUAUGCCCUCAUCGACUCCGGAUCAACUCACUCAUUCAUCUCAAGUACCCUCGUUGCCGAACUCCGCCUAGUCCGUAGUCAAGCCGAUGCCUUAUUCAUAACCUCCGAUCUAAUCAUCCUACCCAUUCAACAUUUCGAAAUAAUCCUCGGAAUGGAUUGGUUAUCAAAAUUCGACGCCCAAAUCAAUUGCGCUCACAAAACCGUUCGUUUCUCCUUACCGAAUGGAAGUUUUCUCGAAUUCCGAAGCUCGUACAAUCCGUCGAUUCCUAUCAUUUCCGCCAUUAAAGCGAGCAAACCUAUUCAAAAAGGGCAUCUAUGUCAUCUGGUCGACAUAGUGGAAGCUCUCAACGAAGAUAAAGCCGACAUUUCCAAAGUGCCAACCGUUUGCGAAUUUCCCGAUGUCUUUCCCGAAGAUCUCCCCGGUCUUCCGCCCGAUCGUGAAAUCGAAUUCGAAAUUAAAUUGAUCCCCGGUUCCGCUCCUAUCUCGAAGGAACCUUAUCGCAUGGCGCCAUUAGAGCUAAAGGAACUCAAGGACCAAAUUCAAGAUCUUAUCGACAAGAAGUUCAUCCGCCCUAGUUUUUCCCCAUGGGGUGCUCCGGUACUCUUCGUGAAAAAGAAAGACGGAACUCUCCGAAUGUGUAUCGAUUACCGAGAACUCAACAAGGUCACCGUCAAAAACAAGUAUCCAUUGCCAAGAAUUGACGACCUUUUCGAUCAACUUCAAGGCUCCACGGUCUAUUCCAAAAUCGACCUCCGAUCCGGAUAUCAUCAAUUGAAGAUCAAGAAGGAAUAUAUUCCGAAAACCGCGUUUCGGACUCGUUACGGCCAUUACGAAUUUGUAGUGAUGUCGUUUGGUCUAACCAACGCCCCAGCCGCUUUCAAAGAUCUCAUGAAUCGAAUCUUCCGCAAAUAUCUCGAUCAAUUUGUGAUCGUAUUCAUCGACGAUAUCUUAGUGUAUUCAAGAAAUGAUGAAGAACAUCGGAAUCAUUUGGAAAUGGUGCUCCAAACUCUCCGAGAGAACCAACUCUACGCGAAGUUUUCCAAAUGUGUGUUUUGGUUAAGACAAGUCCACUUUCUUGGUCACGUAAUUUCCAAGGAAGGCAUAGCCGUUGAUCCAAGCAAAAUUGAAGCCGUUUGUAAUUGGUCAAUCCCUCGUAAUGUCGGAGAAAUCCGAAGUUUCCUCGGCCUCGCAGGCUACUACCGACGGUUCGUUCCAAACUUUUCCAAGAUAGCCGCUCCACUCUCUCGUUUGACCCGAAAGGAAGUCAAGUAUCAAUGGACUCCCGAAUGCGAGUCUAGUUUCCAAGAACUGAAGAAGCGAUUAACCUCGGCACCAAUCCUCGCUCUACCCGAUAAAACCGGAAACUAUGUGGUCUAUAGUGACGCCUCCAAGCGUGGGCUCGGAGCCGUCCUAAUGCAAAACGGGAACGUAAUUGCCUAUGCCUCUAGACAAUUAAAAGACUACGAGAAGAAUUACCCGACGCACGACUUGGAACUCGCGGCAGUCGUGUUCGCCCUCAAAAUUUGGAGACAUUACCUUUACGGCGAAAAAUGUUCGAUCUUCACCGACCACAAAAGUCUCAAGUACUUCUUUACUCAAAAAGAACUCAAUAUGAGGCAAAGAAGAUGGCUUGAAUUAGUCAAGGACUAUGAUUGCAAAAUCCUUUACCAUCCCGGUCAAGCCAACGUUGUCCCCGACGCUCUUAGCCGAAAAUCCAUGUCCGCCUUGAUCAUCAAACCGCCGCUCGAAUCAACUAUCAAGUCCGCUCAAGACCAUGAUGAUCAACUUGUCAAAAUCCGAGAAGGCUUAGCAACCGAUCAAAAUCCAAAUUUCUCAAUAACCGACGGCAAAAUCUUGAAAUUUCAAGGGAGAAUUUGCAUUCCGGCAAACAAAGAGAUAAAGGGAUAA